CAACAAGAACACAUUUUGAACGAUGGAAUUACACUGGCGUCCGCUUUUACUAGCAUCUAUGCUGUUACCGAUAAUCGUGCAAGCAGAUAACACUUUCCGCAGCCGCCCCGACCUUUCACCACCUCAUCUGAAUGUCACCAUAUCCGAAGCUGACAAGAAGAGCCCUGGAUUUAUCUUUGCAGCACCUUACUCCGGACUGCCUGAGCUCUCCCACCAGUACUCCGUGCAGAAAGCUCCAUACAUACUCACCGACACAGGUGACCUCGUCUGGAGCGGCUUCGGAUACAUCUACCAAUGGGCCGGUAACUUUCAAGCCGCGCGAUGGAAAGGCGUAGAUGUACUGUUUGCUUGGGAAGGCGCUCUUAACGCUUUGCACGGGCAUGGUCAUGGUCAUCAUACCCUUUUGAAUCAACACUACGACAACGUGAAAGAGAUUAGAGGUGGCAACCAUGUGAUCCCGGAUUUACAUGAAUUCGAAGUGGUGGAUGGGCGAAGCGGAUUGCACGGGAUCUAUCAGCCUUUGCAGUUGGAUCUUUCGGUCUUUGGUGGUAACGAUCAGCAAACAUGGAUUCUGGAAGGGCGGUUUCAGGAGGUCGACCUUGAGACCGGUCAAGUCCUCUUCGAGUGGCGCAGCCUUGACCACAUUUCACCCGACGAUGCGAUCUUAUCGCUAAACUCAGGUGUCGUGGGCUCUGGCUACAACAGUGGCUCAGCCUGGGACUACUUGCACAUUAAUUCCGUAUCAAAGGGGAAAGAUGGCCACUAUCUUUUAUCCGCACGGCACACCUCGACAGUCUACAAGAUCAACGGUACGGAUGGGUCGAUCAUCUGGCGUCUAGGUGGCGCAGCAUCUGACUUUGAGCUGGGUGAUGGCGUGAGAUUCGGCUUCCAACACCAUGCCCGUUACCUGACCGAGGAUCCAUACUCGGUAGAGCUCAUCUCCUUGUUUGAUAACUCUGCCCAUAGCUCUGACCCCGCCCCCACUACUUGUAAUAGUAACGUCCUUUCACGUGGGAUAUAUCUCCGACUAGACCACCGCACGAAACAAGCCAGUCUCGAGAACGAAUUUCUACCUCCCGGAAAAUCUAUUUUAGCAAGAUCCCAGGGCUCGCUUCAAACCUUACCCAACGGCAAUGCUUUUAUCAAUUGGGGCUCCGCAGGACAGAUCACAGAGUAUACCACGGAUGGUACAACGAUCUAUCAUGCUAAAUUCGUAAGCAGCGACCCGAACGACAACCUACAGAACUAUCGUGCUUUCCGCUUCAACUGGACUGGAUAUUCUCCGGAACCGAUUGCUGUCUUUGCAGAAGAAACAGGGAGAGGUGAGGUUGAUGUGUACGUAAGCUGGAAUGGUGAUACCAGGACUAUAUCUUGGAAGCUCAGCUGGAGCGAAGAGACUUCUGGCAAGACCACUAGGCACACGAAGGUUCUUCCAAGACAUGGUUUUGAGACAGUUUUCAGGUUGACUUCUCGUGGGUCUGCGCAUGAUGUGCGCGCGACAGCACUAGAUGGUCAAGGUCAGGUGCUGUCUGUAUCGGAAAGUAUCAACUCUGUGCCUGCAUAUUGGCUCAAGAAUGUGAGGGCGGGAUUGCAGCAAGACGAAGAGCAGGCAAGGGCCUUUUUGCAGGAGCUGUGAGGGUCCAAGCCACACGUGUACAUCUUAACUUGCGUGCUGUUUUCAUAAUAUUGCUGGCAUUAUUUUGCGAUUCUAGUGUUCAUGACCCUGUUUGUUCGCAAUGCUGAAGCCUCAGAACACAAGAUUCGC